GGGCGCAACUUUCUUAAAGGGACAGGUGGCCCGAAUCCGCGUCCACCUGGGGCCCCGUCUCUGCCUCCCGGCCCGUCCUCCACUUUGGGGGAGAGAGGGGGUUGCAACAGAUCUCUCCGCCCGCCCACGUCUUUUGCCCCAGGCGGGAUUGCAAGUUUUAAUGCACCCAGCCUCCUUUUGCAACUUAAUUCCCUUGGCCGAAAUCACCCUCCCACUGCUCCUCAACGCAUGCUCUCGGGCAUGCAGUUGUUGUCACUGUUGGCAAAGUUUGAAGAGGGGUCCCUACCCCUGCACUCCUCCGCCCCGCCCCCCUCACACACACCCCCCUAGAACCCCGGGGCGUGCAAGGCUCGCGGCUGCUGGGAAACGCCCGCUACAGUCCCCUUGACCCUGCCCUGUAACUGACCCUUGGGGAAAAGCCCCCCGCACGGCUACUGCGCAUGCUCUGAGCUGGACAGCUCCAGAGAGGGAAAUUUAAAAACGGUUCGAGCUGCGACGGCGGCCAAAUUGCGGAACGCGAGGGGCGAGCGCGAGGGAGCCCCCCUCCGGAACCCCUGCCCACCCCCGGAGCGCCGGCAGCGGCGGCCCCGCGAGGAUCGGCUCCAGGAGAUGAUAGAAAGUGACACCUCAUCCAUAAUGUCAGGAAUUAUUCGAAACUCAGGGCAAAAUCACCACCCCUCUCCGCAGGAAUACAGGCUUCUAGCCACCACCAGCGAUGAUGACCUUCCCGGGGACCUGCAGUCGCUGUCGUGGCUCACGGCGGUGGAUGUGCCUCGGCUGCAGCAGAUGGCAAGUGGCCGCGUGGACCUGGGUGGCCCCUGCGUGCCACAUCCACACCCAGGUGCCUUGGCUGGGGUGGCCGACCUGCAUGUGGGAGCCACUCCAAGUCCCCUUCUCCAUGGCCCAGCAGGCAUGGCCCCCCGAGGCAUGCCAGGUCUGGGCCCCAUAACUGGCCACAGAGACAGCAUGAGCCAGUUCCCCGUGGGGGGCCAGCCCUCAUCUGGCCUGCAGGACCCGCCGCAUCUGUACUCACCUGCCACCCAACCACAGUUCCCGCUCCCCCCGGGUGCCCAGCAGUGCCCUCCUGUGGGCCUCUAUGGCUCCCCAUUUGGGGUGCGGCCCCCCUACCCCCAGCCCCACGUGGCUGUGCAUUCGUCUCAAGAACUGCACCCCAAACACUACCCCAAGCCCAUCUACUCGUACAGCUGUCUGAUCGCCAUGGCCCUGAAGAACAGCAAGACAGGCAGCCUGCCUGUGAGCGAGAUCUACAGCUUCAUGAAGGAGCACUUCCCCUACUUCAAGACGGCCCCCGACGGGUGGAAGAACUCGGUGCGGCACAACCUGUCUCUUAACAAGUGCUUCGAGAAGGUGGAGAACAAGAUGAGCGGCUCCUCCCGCAAGGGCUGCCUGUGGGCUCUGAACCUGGCCCGCAUCGACAAGAUGGAGGAGGAGAUGCACAAGUGGAAGAGGAAGGACCUGGCCGCCAUCCACCGGAGUAUGGCCAACCCUGAGGAGUUGGACAAGCUGAUCUCCGACCGGCCUGAAAGCUGCCGGCGCCCCGGCAAACCGGGGGAACCAGAGGCCCCCGUGCUGACUCACGCCACCACAGUGGCCGUGGCGCAUGGCUGCCUGGCUGUCUCCCAGCUCCCACCCCAGCCACUGAUGACCCUGUCCCUGCAGUCAGUCCCCCUGCACCACCAGGUCCAGCCCCAGGCACAUCUUGCUCCAGACUCUCCAGCACCAGCCCAGACCCCGCCACUGCACGCCCUGCCGGACCUCAGCCCCAGCCCGCUCCCCCACCCCGCCAUGGGAAGGGCUCCUGUAGACUUCAUCAACAUCAGCACCGACAUGAACACUGAGGUGGAUGCCCUCGACCCGAGCAUCAUGGACUUCGCUCUGCAGGGGAACCUGUGGGAGGAGAUGAAGGAUGAGGGAUUCAGCUUGGACACACUGGGCGCCUUUGGAGACUCCCCGCUUGGCUGUGACCUGGGGGCCUCAGGCCUGACCCCUGCCUCGGGUGGCAGCGACCAGUCCUUCCCAGACUUGCAGGUGACGGGUCUCUACACAGCGUACUCCACUCCGGACAGUGUGGCUGCAUCGGGCACCAGCUCCUCCUCCCAGUACCUGGGUGCACAGGGGAACAAGCCUAUAGCCCUGCUUUGAGCUGUCAGCCCCACCUGCCCUGGAACCCCGGCACCCGGCUUGGGCAGAGAACUGACUAGAACAGGGUGUUCCCAGAAGGCAGGUCCCUCAUUGUCCCUGAAGCCUCUCCUGGACCUGUGGCGAAGUUGCCGGCUGGACAGGGAAGCGGUUCCCCUCAGCAGCCCCUCUCCUUCUCGUGCCUCCCCCUGGAGCUUCCGGAGCAGUUUCUGGGGGCUCUUCCAAGUCAGAAGGACGGAGGAAGGUGGACAAGCAACCCAGCAUCCCCCGACUCCUUGACACUCCUCCGAGGCCUGAGCCGCAAUGCCUGGCCGUGUUGAGUGAGACUUCUCCAUCCUGGAUCCUGGCUGCGUGACCUCAAUGACCUGCACCCCAUUUUGGGACACCUUGGUGCAUUAAGGAAACACCCUGGGGUGAAAGCCCUUGAAUUCAUCCUCAUGGGAAAUGGCUGAGUGGAUCAAACCUCAGCCGCAGCCUCCGGGGGACAGGCCCAGGGCGGGAAAUGGAGCCGGAGAAGCUUGAGCCUCUCUCUUGGACAGGACAAGCUGAACUCUGAAAUGGGAGCCGGUCCAGGUGGCCUUCAGCCCCACCUUUCCGAUAGUCUGUUAGAAUUUUAUUAGCGCAGAUUCCUGGGCCAUGCCGGGUACCGUGACCUUGUGUAAAUUUAUUUAUAUUUAUUGUGGCCCAUCCACCCCACUUCUGCAAACCCAUCCCGAGGCCUCUGGAAUGGGACUCCUUCUCCCUCCCUCCCUCCCAGCCAUCCUAACUCCUACAGGCCAGAGAAUGACAUCUCUAACUGGCUCGUAAUCCCUUGGCAGCCUGGGGCUACUUUUUAGAACCAGCAAGCACUGUUGAUACUGUGAAACAUCCCAUUUUUUCCGUAUUAGAGACCAGAUAUUUUUCUACCUGUU